UCUCAACCACUUCUCCUCUUCCUUUCUCCUCUGAACCUCCGACAUCCGUUGUCGCUCGCAGUAUCCUCUCGGCUUCUCCUCGAAAGGUCUCGUGGUAUUAUAACCCAUCAUGAAGGGCGAGAUUCUUCACCUCCACGUCGGCCAGGCCGGUACCCAGCUGGGUAACUCUGCCUGGGAGCUCUACCUCCUCGAGCAUGGCCUCGGCGCUGAUGGUCGUCCCGACCCCAACCUCAAGGAUGUCGGCGACCCAGGUUCCUUCGAGACCUUCUUCACAGAGACGAGCAAUGGAAAGCAUGUCCCCCGCGCCCUCUUCGUCGACCUGGACCCUUCGCCUAUCGACGAGAUCCGCACGGGCGACUACCGCCAGCUCUUCCACCCCGACAUGUUGAUGAGCGGCAAGGAGGAUGCUGCCAACAACUACGCUCGUGGUCACUACACCAUUGGCAAGGAGAUGGUGGACAGCGUUGUCGACCGCAUCCGUCGCAUUGCCGACAACUGCGGCUCCCUCCAGGGUUUCUUGAUCUUCCAGUCUUUUGGUGGUGGCACUGGUUCUGGUUUCGGUGCUCUCCUCCUGGAGCGUCUGUCCACCGAGUACGGCAAGAAGACCAAGCUCGAGUUCUCCGUCUACCCUUCGCCCCGCGUCUCGACCGCCAUUGUUGAGCCUUACAACGCUGUUCUCUCGACGCACAGCACCAUUGAGAACUCCGACUGCACAUUCCUCGUUGACAACGAGGCUGUCUACGACAUCUGCCGCCGAAACCUCGACAUCCCCCGCCCUUCCUACGACCACCUCAACCGCCUGAUCGCCCAGGUCGUUUCCUCCAUCACCUCGUCCCUGCGCUUUGACGGUGCCCUCAACGUCGACCUGAACGAGUUCCAGACCAACUUGGUCCCCUACCCCCGUAUCCACUACCCCCUCAUCUCCUACGCUCCUGUGGUGUCCUCUGCCAAGAGCCAGCACGAGAGCUUCAAGGUCUCCGACCUCACCUUCCAGUGCUUCGAGCCCAACAACCAGAUGGUCGUCUGCGAUCCCCGCAACGGCAAGUACAUGGCUGUCGCUCUGCUGUACCGCGGUGAUGUUGUCACCCGCGACUGCAACUCUGCUAUCGCUGCUCUCAAGGCCAAGGCCUCCUUCAACCUUGUCGAGUGGUGCCCCACUGGCUUCAAGCUCGGCAUCAACUACCAGAAGCCCAUGGCCGUGCCCGCUGCUCCCGAGGAUGGCGGUCUGGCCUCUGUCGACCGCUCCGUCUCCAUGUUGUCCAACACCACCGCCAUUGCCGAGGCCUGGUCGCGUCUGGACCGCAAGUUUGACCUCAUGCACAGCAAGCGCGCCUUCGUUCACUGGUAUGUUGGUGAGGGUAUGGAGGAGGGUGAGUUCACCGAGGCCCGUGAGGAUCUCGCUGCUCUCGAGAAGGAUUACGAGGAGGUCGCUGCCGACAGCCUCGAGGCCGAGGAGGAUGUUGAGUAUUAAGCGCGCCCCCAGAAGUAAUUCCGACACCGUCCAAUGCCUGUCUCAGAGCUCAGAGCUGUCUGACAGGUGGCAUGGCUCGGCUGCUCGGAAUCUUGAGCGAGGCGGGCGGACAUGGCAUGGUAGAUUCCAUUUGUCGUUAACCCUCUGAACGAAAAUCUGCUUUGAGUAGGAGAGUCUUUGGCGCCCAGUGGAAUAGAUCGGACUGUCACCUUACUACUUAUCCUCUUGUGUUUCUU